AUGGCAACACGCCAUGAUAGUCACAACCGUUGCCCAGUACGCAGCGCAUUGCUCAAAUGGCAAUUGAAGCAGGACGAACAACGAGUGGCGGAAGUGCAACAUCGUCUCAUGCGCAUGACAGCGCCGUCUCCUGCGUCGUCUCUACGGAUGAACAGCGGCAAAUUGGAUCGUCGCGUAGCUGCUCGGAGGCCACGACCAGUGUAUGAUACCGAUCAAGAGAAAGGUGGUCUUAGGACGUUCAUGUUGAUGCAAGACGAGCAAGAGAGAAAUGCUGUUAAGCGUUCAAUUGAUUUAGCGAAGGCAUCAAACUUUCAGCAUCCGUUGUCACCAUCAAAACGGUUGAUGCUACCAUCUAACAAUUCAGUCAAGAGUGAUUUGUUCUGUGCUACGCCACAGAAACUUAAUGCUGGGGAAGAUUGUGACUUGCUCUUGAGAUUACAAGGGUUGCAGCAUACGGGCUCCGACAUUCACCAGACUUUGACGUUUUCAACAACUGAAGCUGCUACACCCAAGUACAUUGUAGGGAAAAGUGCAGCUCCUACACCCCGCGAUAUGUUCCAAUAUGAUGAGAUAAAGACCCUGGAUAGGCGGAGGAUGGCGACGAUGGGAUUGAGUCAGGAAGAGGUUCAUGAGAUGGCAUCGGCUCAGUGGCAGGAGAAACGCGCUCUGCAAGCUGACAAGUUGGUGGUGGAAGCAGCAAGAGAUCGAGAUGAUGAAGCGUUGUGGAAUGAUGUAUAUUACAGGACCAAUGCUGUGGAGAGAAACGACCUGUCGGAGCAACCAGAUGUGUACUCAACAAAUGGCUUUCUGGAAAGGUUGUCAUGUAGUAGAUCGAAUUUGCGUAAGAAUUCAAGUUAUGAAAAUGGCGACACAGGUCAGCCUACGUUUCCUACGAACUUGUGUAUGGGUGACAACGGAAUGAUUUCAAGUGAGAUAUCUACAAUGUCGAUAAGCGACCAAACAAAACAAUUCACAAGGCAGAGUAGCGAUAUUAAAUCAUCUGCCAUUGACGCAAAUGAAUUUUCGACCCCCGCAUCAGGGCAAAGUAUUGCGGAGUUGUUAGCAUCGAUGGACGGACCAAAUGAAGAUGAAGAUGCAAGAAAUUGUAAAGCUGGUGACGAUGAGCUUUCUGAUUUAUCCAGUGACCGAAAACAGUAUUUACGCGGUGAUUUCUCUGCUGACGGUGCUCGUUAUUCACGAGCCAAAGCAUUCUUUAGUACGCAGUUUCCACAGUGUAGUUUGAUUGUAGUUGUUUGCUGUUUAGUGAUUGGGACAAGCGGAUUUUUCAUAGAAGAGUUGAUAGCAGCAAUUGGAUUAUUCUCGAAACGAACGCAGGUCUUGGUAUCGAAAGUCGAGCAAGAACGAAUGCGUGACCGCGUCAGUAUACUCGAGCAUGAGGUCCGUGGUUUCCAGCUCUUAACUUCCAUGAUCGAAGUGAGAUCCCAGGCAGUUCUAACUGAGCUUCGUCAGUACGUAGAUAGGAUGCGGUUGAAUCGCUUGAAACAUCAGAACAUGCUUGCAAAAGAAAUGCAAGACCUGCGUCGUCACAUUCUGAACGUAACACAUGAACUGGUAAAGCAAGAACAAGAGUCACUUCGAACACAAGUGGAAGAUAUUGUAAGAGUACAAGGGAACAACGUCGAAAGUGCAGGUGAUAACAAUGUAAUUGCCGGAGCCGGCGACACCGAGAACGAUAAAAACCUGGAAAACAUUGUACCUGAGGUACCAAGCCAAUCCGAAUCAUACCAAGCCAUCCAUGAAUCAUUACAUGACACGAUAGUUAGUUCACCUGCCAGCACAUAUCAAGACCACGGUGAGCAAUUUCGUGUGAAGCAAUUCAAAGCCAACCAGCAGCUUGCAACAAAAGAUAACGCGGCUAUGUCUGUUGUACAACAUCCACAUGGCGUUGACAGCGAGCAAGUGCACAUUCAAUUUGCUGAAGAUGAACAUGUGCCUGUCAAAGCUCUAUCUCAAUCGAUGACCGGAGAGAUCGCUACUGAUCAAGAAAGUAAAGUCAAGCCAGAGUCACCACAUUUGGUCCACGAACUAAAUGUCGAGCACCAAGUAUCAGUUCAGUCAGCUUCAUUACUAGCACGUGAACCGAGCACAAACAAAAUCGACGCUGCUGUCGCGUCUGCAUCCACGGUGACUAUCGACGUUAUACCUUCUCACAAUGCGUCUGGGAUGUCCUGGGACAUAAUGCUUUUGUUAGUGGGCAUCGCGUUUCUCGUAGCUUGCAUUGUGCUUCGACUUUACAGCACCAACCGUCGCAAGCGAUGGUUUGAGAAACGUCGUAAGAGGAGAAACCAACGAGCUCUCCGUCUAGCUCAACAACGAGCAAGAGCGAUGGCAAAAUAUCAGGAAGAUAGUGAUGAGUGGCAUUGCCAUGAGAUGGACGAUGAUAUUGAGGAGGUAUCUCUCAUGACACCCAUUCAAGACAAUGAGGAUGACGAAUCAACAACAUAA